AUGCCUCCAUCUUCCAUGUCUUCUUCCAACAAUCCUCUUCUGCCUCCUCCCGCCGCUUCCCCUCCUUCGUGCGCACCCAUCGAGUCUGUGCAAACACUGCCUCGCUCGUCGGGUGAUCCGCCGCGUAUCAUCUUCACAAGACAACUGUGGCAGAGAACCAUGCCCAACGGAGACGACGUGGAGCAGGUUGUUUUGGACAGGUCUCAAACUGCCAAUUCGCAGGCGAUUCAAAACAACGCCGCGCCUCCCAGCAGACGUGCUUCGUCGACUGCCUCUCUUCGCUCUGCUCGUCAUCGCUCAACCAACCUCUCCAGUGGCUCUCAAACCCCAUUGACUCCCGAAGACAGUCCUCCGUUUGGUACGAGAAGAAAGCGAAGUGCAGGCGUCGCUGAGCAGGAAGACCACCUUGUGAAGAGCCCGGCGAUCUCGCCCGCUCACACCAGGACAAGCAGCAGCGAGUCUGGUGCGCACCUCUGUCUCUGCCAGCCCGAGCCCAAGCCUCCCCGACCACGCAACGCAUUCAUCCUCUAUCGACAACACCACCAGGGUAGUGUAGUCGCCCAGAACCCCGGUCUAUCCAACCCAGACAUCUCCAAGAUCAUCGGCGCGCAGUGGAGGAGCGAAGCGAUAGAGCAGAAAGACAAGUGGAAGGCUCUGGCGGAAGAAGAAAAGCUCCGCCAUCAGCAGCAGUAUCCCGGCUACCGCUAUCAGCCCAAACGCUCCGGUCGUCGCGGUUCCGUGGACGUCUCGGCAUCCGCCAGUGACAAGCCCAACUGCCAAACCUGUGGCGGUCGCACGAUCCUGACCCCUUCCGCUCCCUAUCACGCCGGCAACAGCUCCAUACCUUCCACUCCUGCAAACACCACGACACCAGUCACUCGCACCCUCCCCGUGUUCCGCGAGUUGACUCUGGAUUCGCCGGCCCACCGUCGCUCACUCGGCAGAUCGCCUUUGACAACCGCAAUGCCGUUAAGUCACCGCGACAUCGCAGAAGAGAGGGACGACGUCGGCCCUCUCAGCCCCGGGCCCAAGCGCCGCAAGAUCGACAUAGACACACGUUCCGCCAACCAUCGCCCAAUCCAAGCGCAGUACGGCGCGCCGCAACCAUCUGCCAUCGGACCAGGCACACCCUUCCCACACGCCGUCAAUGCGCAUGGACAUCCUUUCGCAACGACCGCCAUGCCAGGCCGACGCGAAAGCCUCCCAAGCAUCAGAGGCGUGGCGACGAGCCCGCAAGUGUCCAUGCCUCCCCCACCCCGACCGGGCAUGGGCUACCAGCAGCAUCGUCUUUCCCAAGGGCACGCUGCGCACGACCGCACUCUCGUGCUCCCACCGCUGCAAACGGGUCGAUCGGCUUCCACCACCGCGGCACCUCCACGGUCGGGCAAGUCGGUCGACGAGCAGAUGAAGGAUAUGAGCUUCCGGUACAAGAUCAAGGUGUUGUCACAGGUCGCGCCGCCGGCUUUCAAAUCAAAGGCCGUCCCUCGUGGUCCGUUCAUCGCGGUCGAAGGCGAUGAUGCGCAGGCCGUGAAGAAGCUGGCUGCGUGGUUGGCGGAUAGCCUCGCCAAGGAUGACCAUUCUGCUGUGGAGCUGUUCGAAGGCCCGGUGAUGGCAGUGGGCGAGGACCGAGAGGAAUCAAUGGCCAUGUACCACGAUCUCUCUGCAAAGUGGAUCCGCAAGGGAAAGAGCAUCUUUCAGUCACUCUCAAUGCACUCGGCAUCAACAGAGAACAGCAACACCGCCAGCCUCACCGAAGCAAACCCAACCAGAAAACUCGACGAAGAGUACAACAUCAAGGACGACGCCAACCCCUCCGCCACUUCUCCGCAAGUACCCACCAACCUCCAUUCCCCUUCCGCAACCAAACCCAUCGCCAUCAUCCCCAACUACAGCCUGCACACCGCCAACCACUUCUCCCACACCAUACCCAUCGGCCCCACGGAAUUCUACAACGCCUACGACCACUGGCAAUGGACCGCGACCGUCUGGCGCGGCACCCUGGGGCCCGACUUGACCGUCUACCUUCGCGAUGUCGUCGUGGAGGCCGCGGGUGGUGCGUCGAAUGGGUCGAAUGGCAGUGUGGAGUUGGAGGGCGUGGAGGGCAGGCCUGGCGUGGGGUUGUUUGUUGUUAGGAGGGUGGUGGAGGGGGCUGAGAAGGGGGAGGUGGAGGCGAGUGUGUUGAGGCGGGUGGGCUUUGAGGUUGGCGAGUGGGUUCGGGAGUUUGGCGGGGAGAAGGAGAAGGACCGGGAGUGA